UUGAGAACAUGUUAAGUUAGAAUAGAAUUGACUUGAAAAUCAUUUUUAUUUCUUUUCAUCAUCAGUUUAAUUUUCUUCAUUUUCUUGUGAAUAGUUUUGUUUAUCGUUAUUAUUUUUCUUUAAUUUCUCUUAUAUUCCAGAGCCUGAUUGUUUAACCAUUUUUAUUACAUGCUUCAAGAUGUUGGUUACUUUGAGGACAUUGAACCAGCAAACAUUCAAAAUUGAGAUUGAUCCUGAAGAAAAGGUCGCUGAUUUGAAGAAGAAAAUUGAAGAAACGAAAGGACCAACAUUCGCAGUGGCUAAUCAGAAAUUGAUUUAUGCAGGGAAAAUUUUGAGUGAUGAUAGUAAGAUUAGUGGAUGUGAAAUCGAUGAGGCCAAAUAUGUUGUCUUGAUGGUUCUCCAACCCAAAGCGGCUCCAACAACAGAAUCGACACCAAGUGCCACUACAAGUGCUCCAAACAAAUCCACUUCUACACCAGCUAUCGGUGCCUCUGGUACUAGUGGUGCAGCUUCAACUGGUACAUCGACAGAAGCGAGUAAAACCUCAGUUAAAAAGGAAACAAGUGGCAAAGAAGGAAAUGUAUCUACUCCCUCUGCCGAAUCAAAUUUAGUUUUAGGAGACCAAUUUGAAGAUAUGAUUAAACAGAUUAUGGAGAUGGGUUAUAAUCGCCCUGAGGUGGAAUUAGCACUUAAAGCCAGUUUCAAUAAUCCGGAAAGAGCUGUCGAAUAUUUAAUUAAUGGAUUACCAUUGGAUGUCGCUGGAAAUGAUAUUAAUGUUCCAGUCGGAGGAAUUGAAUCCAGUGGACCCACACCAAGGACUGAAAAUAUACACGUUGCUUCAUCUGAUUCUAAUCCAUUGGCUUUCCUUCGUACUCAGCCAAUGUUUUUACAGAUGAGACAAAUGAUUCAAGCCGAUCCUUUAUCUCUUUACAGUUUAAUGCAACAAAUUCGUGAAACUAAUCCCACUCUAUACGAUCUAAUUAACCGUAAUCAAGAAACUUUUGUUCGUAUGCUCAAUGAUGAGCCUGGUGGACAAGCUACUGGGGCUGUUCCACCAACUAUAGGCAAUCCAACAAGUGGCGGUGGUGGUGUUAGAGGAAUCGAUCAACUGGUUGGUUCAGUUGAAGUAACUCCCGCAGAUAAAGAAGCCAUUGAUCGGCUGAAAGCUAUGGGAUUCCCUGAAUAUUUGGUAGUUGAAGCCUACUUUUCGUGUGAUAAAAACGAAAACAUGGCUGCAAAUUACCUUCUUUCACAGGGUUAUGAUGAUUAACACUUUUUUUUUGAAAUCAUUGCUUUACUACCCAAAAAGAGAAAUCAGACUCCAUAAUUAGUCGCUAAUCUUUCCUUCAACGCUGCUGGGAAUUGGUCAGCAAAUCGGUUCCAGUUUUCUUCGCCAAUUUGAUUUUUGAACCCAUGGAGAAUCUAAAGUGACGCAGAGGAAGGGAAGAGAUGUCAUCAAAAAGAUUAGAGUUAUUAUUUCAUAUUAAAAAAAAAAUUUAAAACGAAAAAAAAUUUGUGUGAAAAGCAAAUGAUCGAUGAUCAUUGUCAACAAAAAUAAAUAAAUAUGAUUAACAUCGUGA